UGACAAGAAACAGUCCAAAAAUAUGUUAAAUCCAUAAAUCUUGAACAUUGUCCUUCAAGUUCACAUGAAGCUCUUGCAUACGGAAGCAUAACAUGUGAGAAAGGGCACGGAGUUGCUGUAUAGCUUUGCUUAGCUCUGAUCUCCUCUUGCCUCCUGCCACUGUUCCCCUUGUGAAUUCCUGUCUAUUGGCUUCUCCUGGAACCUCUCCAUUUCUUUGCUAGUUUAUAAGACGGUCGGCUACUAGCUGAAAUAGAACAAGGGGGCUAAUCCCUCAUUCCAUUCACGUAGUACAUGGGUUUGCUAAGCAAAAAUUGCAUGCAACAAGCUUCUUCCUUGUUGGGUUUCUCGGUUUUCUCGCUUCUCUUUUGCCCUCUCUGCGCCCUUUCUUACGAUGGGCCUUUAUACGACUACACUGCUUACACCGAGUGUAAAGAAGUACCAGAAGAGCCACUCUAUAAUGGAGGGAUUCUCAAAGAUGAACUUCCAGUUUUCAAGCCUAUUAGCAUUAACGAAGCUUCAAUUAUAUAUACCACACCAGCUUUCAUCCUGCAUAAUCUAACUCCGGCAACCAUUUAUUGUUUUUCCACCUGGGUCAAAAUUCAAGGCUCAGAGUCCAGCCUCGUAACUGCGAGCCUAACCACAGAUAAUGGUACAUACAAUUGUGUGGGAACUGUUUUGGCUCAGAGUGGUUGCUGGUCGUUUCUCAAAGGUGGAUUCAUUCUUGAUGCACCUUCAAAUUUAUCAAUUCUGUACUUUCAGAACUCAGCUCAUAGAAAUAUCGAAAUUGCAAUUGCAAUUGCAAGUGCUUCACUGCAACCAUUUACCUAUCAGCAAUGGAGUACAAACCAGCAAUAUAUAAUUAACACUGCAAGGAAGCGAGCUGUAACAAUCCAUGUAUCAGAUCGUCAUGGAAAUAGGUUGCAAGGAGCAGCCAUUACAAUAGAGCAAAUCUCAAAAGAUUUCCCACUUGGUUCAGCCAUAGCAAGAACAAUUCUUGGGAAUUUGCCCUAUCAGAAUUGGUUUGUGGAGCGAUUCAAUGCAGCAGUCUUUGAAAAUGAACUCAAGUGGUAUGCCACUGAGCCUGAACAAGGAAAGGUCAAUUACACCAUACCAGACCAAAUGUUAGACCUUAUUCGAGCUAAUCAAAUCGUUGUUAGAGGACACAAUAUAUUCUGGGAAGAUCCCAGGUACACACCAACAUGGGUUCACAAUCUUUCAAGUGCUGCACUAAAAUCAGCAGUCAAUUCAAGAAUCCAGAGCCUAAUGAGCAAAUACAAAGAAGAAUUCAUACACUGGGAUGUUAGCAAUGAAAUGCUACAUUUUGAUUUCUAUGAGCAACGUCUUGGUCUUGAUGCCACUUUACACUUCUAUGAGACAGCACAUAUAGCAGAUCCAUUAGCAACCUUGUUUAUGAAUGAAUUCAAUGUGGUGGAAACUUGCAGUGAUGUGAAUUCUACUGUAGACACCUAUAUUUCAAGGCUAAGAGAACUUGAACGUGGAGGAAUUUUCAUGGAUGGAAUUGGACUAGAGAGUCACUUUUCAGUACCAAAUCUUCCUCUAGUGAGAGGUAUUCUAGACAAACUGGCUACACUUGGACUUCCCAUUUGGCUUACAGAAGUUGAUAUUAGCAGCAAAUUCGAUUACAAAACUCAGGCUAUUUAUCUAGAACAAGUGCUAAGAGAAGGCUUCUCUCAUCCUGCAGUGAAUGGGAUAAUCCUGUGGACUGCACUCCAUCCUAAUGGGUGUUACCAAAUGUGUCUUACAGAUGAUAAUCUUCAAAACCUACCAGCAGGAGAUGUGGUAGACAAGCUAUUACAGGAAUGGAAAACUGAGCAGCAAAAUGGCCAUACAGAUGACCAUGGUUCAUAUAGCUUCUAUGGGUACCUAGGCGAACAUAGAGUCAGUGUUGCAUAUGGCAACAGAACAGCAAGUUCAACAUUCUCACUCUUCAGAAGUGAAGAAACUAAGCAUUUCAACAUUCAGUUGUAACCCAUGUAGCAAUUAUAACAUAUUGGUCUUAUAAGUUGCAGCAUUGUAGCAGCGAUUGAAAUUCUUGCAUGUUCCAGUAUGCAAUGAGUAUCCAAAUUUGAUGUGGUCUCUGUUAACAAA